CCCCCCUUGCAGCCCAGCCCCUCCCUUCACCUUACACUACCCUACAAAUACCCAUAUUUCCACGUACGACACUUGUGCAUCAGACAGCAGCAUCUGGAAAAGGAUCCAGCUCGGAAGGAAGGACCUAACGAAACUCUGACAAAGAAAAGAAUGGGGAAUGUUGGAGUUCAGAUCAUCUGUUUGGCCCUCGGGGUCUUCGGCCUGAUCGGGGUCAUCGUGUGCUGCAUUGUCCCUCGCUGGAAAGUGUCGUCCUUCGUCGGCUCCAACAUUGUGACCGCUCAGAGCACAGAGGACGGCCUGUGGAUGUCCUGCGUGGUGCAGAGCACCGGGCAGCAGCAGUGCAAGACCUACGACUCCAUCCUGGUGCUGCCCUCCGACCUGCAGGCCGCCCGCGCCAUGGUGGUCGUCAGCUGCAUGUUCUGCUGCCUCAGCCUCCUCAUCCUGCUCUUCGGGGCCAACUUCACCACCUGCAUCGAGAGCGAGAGCGCCAAGCCCAAGAUCAGCCUGGUGGCCGGGGUGGGGCUGCUGCUGGGCGGCCUCCUGGUCAUCAUCCCCGUCAGCUGGUCGGCGAACACCGUGGUGCAGAACUUCAACAACCCGCUGGUGCCGCAGAAGAUGGAGCUGGGCGCGUGCAUCUUCGUGGGCUGGGCGGCGGGCGUGUUGCUGCUGCUGGCCGGGGGGCUGCUGUGCUGCUUCAGCCGGCCCCAGUCCGGCGGCUCAGGAGGCACCGCGCACUUCACCAACAGCACCGGCGUCGUCAACAAAGCGUACGCGUAGCGCAUUCAUAGGGGACUGGUGUUUGAGAGAAAAAUGUCUAGCUAGCUCAGAGUCAAACGUUUGGGUUGCUAUCAACAAAGAUGCUGAUCAUUUGCUCUGGAUGUAAGAAGAUAAAUGAUUUUUUAAAAUAAUGAUUUAUAGUUUUAUUUUCAUGUUUUUAGUUUUUAUUACAUACGGGUCAUUUAAGCUGUCAACCAAAGGCACCUCAGAGGCCUCAGAGAGCAUCCACGUGCUUCCUAAACGCCCACACAUUUCAUGGCAUUCUAUAUAAAUUGCAUUCCUGCUCAGUCCCUUUAUUUUAUGUUUGUUUGCUUGGUUUCCAUUUUGUGUAAUGAUGCGAUUAAAUGAUUAAAAUUUGGUGUAAGUCAAA